GUGGCAGGCGGAGGAGCUCACUCUCUCGCACUCUCUUGUGAUGGGUGUGUCUACGCGUGGGGAGCCAACACGUCAGGACAGGCGAGCGAGAUGCUUUCUCGGCUGAGUGUGACGACCUUCGGCCCAGGAGUCAUGCAGGUUGCAGCAGGUAACCGACACUCCCUCGCACUCAUGGCAGACGGGCGAGUCUUCGCAUGGGGCCAGAACGUCUUCGGGCAGCUGGGGAUCGGAAAGAACUUCACUCAGAGGACGACUUCACUACCUCCUUCCUGGCUCAUAACUUGUUCUUGGACCUCCAAGGUGAUCUCGGUAGCAGCUGGAGGGUCGCACUCUCUCGCUCUGCUGCAGGAUGGGACGGUCAUGUCCUGGGGAAGCAACGACCAUGGGCAGCUUGGAAACGGCAAGUUCACGGCCCUGCUGGGGAUGGGAGAGUGGCACGACGCCCUUAUCCCCACAGAGAGUCUGGUGAGGGAGGAGGUGGUGGAUGUGUGUGCUGGGUACCAGCACUCCCUGGCGCUUCUCAAGGAUGGGAGAGUGAUGGCGUGGGGAUCCAACGAGGCGGGGCAGCUGGGUGUGGACGACGAGCACGAGGUCCUGUCCUCUUCGUCCCUUUCUCCUUGGCUUCCGGCCCGCGUUGUGCAGGUGGCCGCGGGUUUCGCUUCCUCCUUGGCGGUGCUGGAGGAUGGGAGGGUGUUCUCGUGGGGAGCCAACUACGACGGUCAACUGGGGAACGGGAGCAGGUCAGAGCAGCCGAGGUUUCCCCUCAAGAUC